CAGUGUUGACAGAGGGGUAGCAUGAGACACUUCUCUGCUCGGAACAUGCAAGCAUGGAGAUAUUUGGAGGAAAAGUCAAUCUGACAACUCACUCACUGAGAAGAGACAUGUGGAGGACUCUAACUCUUUCACUUCUAGUUGUGCUGGUGCUGGGCACAGAGGUGUCCCAGUGUGAGGAUGUUGAGUCUGUGGCAGCUGUUGAAACAGGGGUGCCAAUACAGCAGGAGAAUUCCAGCAACAUAUCCACAGUUCUUGGAAAGUCCCAACACCAGAUCCUGGCUGCUCAGUUUGAGUGUUACCUGAAGAUCAUCUAUGAUCCACCAAGAAACAAAACAGGUGCUUACUGUAACCGUACGUGGGAUGGCUGGCUGUGCUGGGGGGAUUCAGAACCUGGGCCCAAGAUGCAGAUGUGUCCUGAAUACUUUCAAGAUUUUGACCCAGCUGAGAAGGUUACCAAAGUGUGUAAUCCUGAUGGCCAGUGGUUCCAUCAUCCAGUGAGCAACCGAGUCUGGAGUAACUACACUCAGUGUCAGGCCUACACCAAAGACAAACUCAAGUUUGCCAUCAGUCUCUACUACAUGUCCAUGGUGGGUCAUGGUUUGUCCAUUGUCUCGCUGAUUAUAUGUCUGAUCAUCUUCUCCUACUUCAAGAGUCUCAGCUGCCAGAGAAUCUCCCUCCACAAGAACAUGUUUCUCUCCUUCAUCUUGAACUCCAUUGUCACCAUAAUGUGGCUCUCACUCACAGCAUCCAAUGACCAAACCACAAACACCAGCAACUCCGUGAGCUGUAAGGUCCUGGCUGUGCUCACUCUGUAUGCAUCUACUUCCAAUUACUUCUGGAUGCUGUGUCAGGGCAUCUAUCUCCACACACUCAUCAUAGUGGCCGUGUUUGUUGGGGAACAGCAGCUCUUCUGGUACUAUGUACUGGGUUGGGUGUUUCCCAUCGUUCCUGCAGCAACAUAUGCUGUGGCUCGCGGACUCUACUUUAACGACAAGUGUUGGAUCAGCUCACACACUCAUUUGCUGUACAUCAUCCAUGGGCCCAUUCAAGCUGCACUGUUUGUGAACUUAUUAUUUCUCCUGAACAUCGUCCGAGUUCUGAUCACCAAGCUGAAGGUGACCCACUGUGCUGAGUCCACCACCUACAUGAAGGCAGUUCGAGCCACCCUCAUCCUCAUCCCUCUGCUGGGAGUCCAGUUCAUCCUUUUACCCUGGAGGCCAGAAGGACGCAUUAGCCGCGCCAUCUAUGAUUUCUUUGUAAAUAUCUUCAGCAACUUCCAGGGACUCUUGGUGGCAAUUAUAUUCUGUUUCUGCAAUAAUGAGGCCCAGGCAGCACUGAAGAGGAAAUGGGCUCAGCGGAAGUUUGCCAGGGGCAAAAGUGGCUGGGGAGAAACACCCAUCACCAGCAACCACUUUAACUCCCACACCAACUCCUCCAUCACAGAGAUGAGCCGCGCCACCAUCAGCUUGGAACAGCCUGCUGCUGCGACUUCUGGAGAAAAUGAAAGCAGCAUCUCCCUGUCCAACGGGCAGAAAAAGAAUAACACCUGCAACAAUGGGGAGGUUGACAUCCUCAAAGAGGUGGAGACCACCGACAUCUGACCGGAGGUGACAGAGAAAGACAGGUUGCAGGAAACAGAGGUUGCAGGUAUAUUUUCAAAAUAAAGGUUAACUGAUUUGGACAGUGUACAUAAUAUCUGAAGAGCACUUAAUGUUCACACAAGCACACACACAUUUUUACUGCAACUUUUUUAGGACUUGUAAGAACUGAGUAGAUAACUGAAAUAUAUCAUGGUGUUGUAUAAUCACAGCAUAUGACUAUGUUCUGUUGCUGGAUUAAUGUAUUUAAGUUACUUUUGUAUGACUUUUUGACAUUGGUUCAUAAUAUAGUACAAUGCAGAAAUAAAUAUUUUCUGCUAAAACAGAGAAACUGAAAACCAGUACAACACAUAGAGAGGAUACAUUGAAUUUGCAUAAACUCAAUUGGCAGAGGCUUUUGUGUGGGAUAACACUGAAUACGAAAUCUGUUCAAUAAGACAAAGAGCAAAAAGAGCAGGACAUUGGAUGCAUGAUGCAAGUGUGAGUAGGUGUUAGAGGUGUGUAAGGAGAAGAGGUACUUUAGGAAUAGACAAGUUGUCAAGAGGUUCUUGAAAGUGGAGCGGGACACUGCAGCUCUCAAAGCAUUUAAUAGCUCUUACCACAGUCAGAGUCUGGACUGUGAGUUGCGUGCAGUAAUGGACAUGCCAGAAGAAGAAGUGCUAAGUGGAGGUUAAUGAGGUGGAGUAACAUGCCAUCUUUUAGGCAGAUUGAAGACCAGACACUGCAUCUUGGACCAUCUGUAAUUGUUUCACUGUGUGUGAAGGCAGACUCAGUACAAGGGCUUGUAGUGGUAAGUAGUUGAGGUAAAGUUUAACCAAGGUCUCAACCAAGAGGAAUGAAGGCCUGAUUUUUUUUAUGGUGUUGUACAGUGGAAAGUGGCAUGACCAGGAAAAAGAUGCAACAUAAUCAGAAGAGGAUAACUCGUCAUCAGUCAUGACACCCAGGUCAGUUGACGCUGGUGUUUCUUGUAGAUACUGUAUGUCUGAGAGUAACAUGAGAAGCCUUGUAAGCAAAUCACUGGACCCAGGGGGGUGCAGUGUAAUGCAGAGAGAGGGGGCCCCAGCACAGAGCCUUGGAGCACCCCUUUGGGAUACAGACAUUGUCUGUUAAGUUUGACUCAAACAAAGAAUGCAAUGUUUCCCUGGAUGUACAUAUCAGAGAAUACGAAUAGCAGGAUGUGGUGGUUCGCCUUGAGCUGCCCUUAGGGCCACAGAAAACAGAAGUGUUUCAGUGGUGCAACCGCUCUUAGAGCGUGACUGAUUCGGCUCUAGAGGUCACUCUGAGGAAGUAAUUCUCAGAUCUGUUAAAAAACCACACUUUCAAUAGCAUCAGAUAAGAAUUAAUCAACAAGGCCAACCAAUAGUUCUCAACUUGAGCAGAGGUCAAGGCUUUUAGAGCAGAGGUGUUACUAAAGCCUGCAAACAUACAGUUAGAAAUCCUCCCAAAGCAAAUGAAGCAUUUAUCAUAUGUGUGAUUGCUGGUACCAUGAUAGGAGUUAUGGCUUAGAGGAGGUUGGUAGUAAUGGAUUUAAGCAGACAUGUGAAGGAAUGCAGUGUCGAUACUGUGUUUUCAGUAAGUAGUGAAUAAAGGAAAUUAUCUGUUAUGUUUAUGUGGCAGCUGCUCUGUCUUUAGAGAAUUGACUUGUGAUUGCAUCCAUCUUUUGAGCAAAGAAACAGGCAAAAUGUAUCGACUGAGUAAUUGUUAAGUUAGAUAAUGAAAAAACCACAGCAAGCCUUUGCUAAGUCUAAAAUCUAUUUACUGAUUUAUAUCUCCGUAAUAACAAAUACAAAUCAGGCCAUUCAGUGAGUUGCAUAUAACUAAAUUAGACAGCAGCAUUGAGGAAUGAGAGAAUAAAGUACCCAGCUGAACACAGAGCAGCAGUUUCUCAUAGGAAAACAGAUAUACAAUUAUACAGUUCAUGUCUGGGGUGUAGGUAUGGGCUGUAAAUAAUAAUAAAAAAAACAAUAACUAAAAUUUAAAAAGUACUAUGUUAAUGAAUCUGUUGGGUAAAUCAAAGCUUCAAAGGCAUAAAAUUAAGGUUUUAUAACAACCUUUCUCCAACAGUUUUCUUGCAGACCUGAAAACACGUUUUUUUCCACAACUUCACUGCUCUUGUAUUUAUUGUACUUUGUUUUUUUAAGGCACCAACAUUGGACAGAGAUGUCAUAUCAUUAUUGAAUUGUUAAACUAGUUCUUGGCAGUUAAAUGUUAAGUUUGGACACUGAACAGAGGAAAAGUUUUAUCUCCUCCUUAUCAAGUUCAUGAUCACUAUGUUUGCUUUGACAGAUAUGAAUUAUACGAUGUUGAAAGGGCUUUUAUGCUUUCUGUACACAGCUUACAGAUUGUAGCCUAAUGUAUCAAUAACAUUUUUGGAAGUACCAAAUAUGCAUGUUAAGUAGUGUGUAUUGAAUUAUAAGCCUGGUCUGCUCCAAACCUAUUUACUUUACCUGGAACUAGAUCAUGUGUUAGACAUUCGAGUUAUAACGCUAAUUUUAAGUGUCAGUAGGCGCUAUGGAGUGAAAGACAUAAAACAUAGAAGUGGUUUAUGGAAUAAUCUAUUUUGAGCUGUGGGUGCACUUAUUUAUAAUUUACCACACUUUCAUUCAUUAUUAUUGUAAUAUAACAAUACAUCUUAAUCUAUUAUGAAGCUUUAAUGCGAUGAAAAUGUAGAGCUACACAUUUUGAAAUACAUUUUGAAACGUUUGGCUGAGGAUAUAUUUCCAGACACAGGACUGUGCCAAAUUGGUCUGAGAAACAAGUGGUGUUUUUUCUAUUUAACACCACUUUAAACA